AUGCCGGUCCAUCCCUUCCUGUUCCCUGGGAGCGCUCAGCCCGCGGGAUUCCGACCGCCAGGGGCAAACCGGCGCCCGGGUGCAGCCCGACCCGGCGCCAGGCGCAGACGCCGCUAUGCGGGCCGCGAUGCUCCGCACGGCCGGGCCCCGCUGCAGCCGCGCCCCGGGUCGGGGUGCCAGGCAGCCGGCGUGCAGCCCCGCGCCCGCCUCCACGCGCCCAGCCGCGCCCAGCCCCGCCGCCCGCCCGAGCCUCACCCGCCUGCGGCCGUCAGUCCUGCCGGAGGCCGACGGCAGCCUCCGCCGCCUCCCGAUCGCGCCGACCGCGCCCCGCCUUCCCCCGGCUCCCCCGUCCGCUCGCGCCCGCCCGCGCCGUGGAGGAAGCCAGCUCGCGCCGAGCCUCCUCCCCACGCUUCCCGCCGGGGCCGAUGGGCCGGGCCGCCGCGGAGCCGCGCACGCCCCCUGGCGGUGGAGGACCGAGCCGACGCGGGGGUGCGGGGAGGAAGGGCCGCAGCGGCGCAGCUCCAGGGUCCCCUCUGCCACUCCAGCCCCGCGUGGCUCAGUCUGGACCUGCCACGUGGGAGCUGCAGCGGCCGCCGCGAGAAGCCGAGUGGCACCCGGGGAGGAGGAGAGUGGUGCCUGAAUGCCCUGAGGGAGGAAUCAAAGAAUAGAACCACACUGCUUUACAUAGUGAGCUCCAGUACAGCCAAGACUACAAAGACACUCUAUCUCAGAAAAGAAGAAGGAGAAGGAGGAGGAAAAGAAGAAGGAAGGAAAGAGGAAGAAGAAGAAGAAGAAGAAGAAGAAGAAGAAGAAGAAGAAGAAGAAGAAGAAGAAGAAGAAGAAGAAGAUGAUGAUUCAAGGCAGCCUGGUCCACGAAGGGAGUUCCAGAACAUCCAGGAAGAGAUCCUGCCUCGAAAAAGAAGAAGAAGAACAAGAAGAAUGAGAACAAGAAGAGGAGGAGGAGGAGGAGAAGGAGAAGGAGAAGGAGAAGGAGAAGGAGAAGGAGAAGGAGAAGAAGAAGAAGAAGAAGAAGAAGAAGAAGAAGAAGAAGAAGAAGAAGAAGAAGAAGAAGAAGAAGAAGGAAACAAAGAAAGAAUAGUGUAGGAGAAAGUGCUUCAGCUUGUAACUCCAUGACUCCAUGAUGGGGGUUCAAGGACAGAGUUUCCUCCUAUUCAUCUCAUGACUUUGCAGACUCAUCCAGCUUCCCUAAGUUGUUCUUCCUGUUGCCCCAAGUGCUUUCUGAGAGCCACCCUAGUUCUAAGUGGAGUUUCUGCCUAUUAACAUUAUUUUCAUUUAUCCUCAUCUACAGAACUAUAAAAAUGGGUUCUAUUCCUUCUCAUCUCUCACUACUCAUCUUCAAACUAGGCCAGCUACACUUAAUAUGGGAAUUAUGCUCCCACUUGAGAAAGUGGCUGUUACUGUCGUAUUUAGGUAGAAUGCUGGUAAACUACCUUAACUUCUUGUAGUUGUGCUCAAAUCUUCUGAAAAACCUUUCCUAAACUCCUGUGCACUGAGACUUGCUCCAUCUCUUUCUGUCUGUUGAUAUCGCAUUACUCAUUAUUUUUCAAAGAUGUAUUUGUUUGGAUUAAACAUAUGAGUGUU